AUGUUUGAUGUGUUUUUGAAUCGACUUUCAGGUGCGAGAGCUUAUGAUUAUGCUUUGUCGGUCAUUAUCCGUGCCUUGCCGAUGCCUUCUAUGCAGGGUCGAAAGUACUGUGAUGGCGCAGAGAACUUAGCACCACGCCCAGUUGACAUUCUCAACAAUAAUGCACUCACUUCAGCACUAUUCUCGCACGAGCCUCUGAAACGCCACUGCACUGCACUGCACUGCACUAGCAUAGCUUGUAUGUCCCAGAAAUUUAGUAUACCAUUCUUCUGGGCAGGCGCCACCAAACUUUGCAGGCACCGCCCCAAUACUGGAAGAUAA